UGUUUAGACAAAGCGAGAUGAGUCCCUCCCAUGUACUUCCGCAUUAGCUUUAAAGAUAUUUGAUCGUUUCUGUGUUUAACUAGAGCCAAACGGCUAAAAACACACCUGCAUUAUAUUUAAGCUGCUGUUUGCGCCCCUUGUUGUGUGUGUUAAACAUAUCAUUAGUCAGUAAAUGUGACUGAAUAUCAUGAUAUGAUAAUAUCCUGCUAGCUGCGAUAGCUCACUAUUUGCCUUUGGCGGUUGCCAGGUAACUAUCUUGACUUGUCUUUAGGUCAAAGGUCACGUCUUACGUCUCCCAAAUUCAAGCUGUUCGGUCACUGCUUCUCCGUCAGUUAUGCAUGCAGAUGAUAAAGGUGUUCCUCUGUCCUGUCAGCAAUGUCUGGGAGUCCUGCUGUAGUCAUGCGCCUGGUGGCCUCUGCCCACACUGUAGCUGAAAAGGCUGGAGCCAUUGUGAGGAAAGUGCUUCACAGUGGAGAUCUUGGCAUUGUGGAGAAGACUGGAGCUAAUGAUCUGCAGACGCUGGCAGACAGGCUGGCACAGCAGAGCAUUUGUGCAUCGCUGUCCAGACGUUUCCCCAAAAUCACCAUCAUAGGAGAGGAGGAGCUUCCAGCUGAGGAGGUAAGAGAAGAUCUCAUUGAGAGUGGCCACUCAGAGGAAAUCCUUCAGAAGACGUGUCCGGCAGAAUAUAGAGAGCUGAAAGAAGAGGAGCUCGUUGUGUGGGUCGAUCCUCUCGAUGGCACGAAAGAAUACACUGAAGCUUCACGGUGUCUCCGUCACCAAACCGAUGCCCAGAUACCACACCACAAAGGGUCGGACACAUAUCGGCCUCACAGCACAGCUCUCUGGCUUCUGGAUAAUGUGACGGUGCUUAUUGGUAUCGCAUACGCUGGCAAAGCUAUUGCAGGCGUCAUCAACCAGCCUUUCUACAACUACCAGCUCGGAGCAGGAUCAGCUUUAGGACGAACCAUGUGGGGAAUGCCGGGAUUAGGCGCCUUUGGAUUUCAGCUGCAGGAAGUUCCAGGUGACAAACGCAUCGUCACCACGACGCGUUCCCAUAGCAACAAGGUGGUAACAGACUGUGUGGAUGCCAUGGAGCCUCAUGAGGUUAUAAGAGUGGGUGGCGCUGGGAACAAGAUAAUCCAGCUUGUUGAAGGAAGAGCUUCUGCUUACGUCUUCGCCAGUCCAGGGUGCAAGAAAUGGGACACCUGUGCUCCUGAGGCCAUCCUGCAUGCCGUUGGAGGUAAACUGACCGACAUGCAUGGCAACGCAUACCGCUACCAUGCCAAUGUAAAGCACAUGAACUCGGCCGGCGUUCUUGCAACACUGCGCAACCACGAGUACUACGCCAGCAGAGUGCCACAGUCAGUGCUGCAAGCCCUCAAGUCAGACUGAGGUCAGAGAUUUACACUGACCACGCUUAAAAUCCAUAUGGAGGAGAGACUCCUGGACACGUGCACAGAACUUUUUAUAUGUGAAAAUGUAAUUUAAAAAAGUUCAUCUGAUUUACUGAUCUUGGCCACAUCUUAAGGUUUUUUUUGCAUUGUCACUACUUUUUUGUUUUUAUGUCAGUAAUUAACCAGAAAUAAUCAGAGAGCACGCUCAACAGCACUUCCAUUUAUUUCACUCGUUUGAAACAAACUCGUACAAAUCUCAAAACGUCUUAACAUACUGUUUGAAGACCAAUAGAUUUACAAGGCAAAAGGCAAAAAAUAAAUAAAAAUACAUCGGUUAAAUGUUCAUUAAAGUGAGUUGGAAAUGACUUUACUUCAUUCAAUAACCACUGAGUGGGAACAGCAGACAAAAUGCCAUCGUCCUGAUGAGUUUGACCUCUUUACAGUGUCAUGCAAUGACUGGAAGUGCAACAAUGUUCAGUGUGUGUGAGCCGGACAUCUACUGAAAGAAUGAAUAUACCGAUAACUAUCGUGUUCUUCACAUUCCUUAUAUAUCUUGUUUUCUUGCAUAUCCGUAUCUAUUUUUCUACACACGUACUGUACUUACCAGACUUAAAGGACACAAACUCAAAGUGCUCACUGAUGGUCCCCGCAUUUUCCUCAUGACACUGAAUUUACAUCAAAACUGAAAAAUAACAGUUUUUACCCUAUUGCAUUACUCAAUGGAAAGUCUGCUCUUUUAAAGAAAGUUAAAAAAAAAAAGUUUCAGAACUUGGUGCUGGUUGUGGAAAAGAGGCUGGAAACAUGUGAUGUAGAGCAUCUACUGUGCACAAAUGCCCUAAUAAAGACAACAGCUGUCAGCAGAGGCUGGCCGUGUCCUACAAAUGUUAA